CCUGCGCGUUGCGGAUCCUGUUGUACGUGCUGACAGUCAUGACCGCUUCCCGCUUACCUCCAGUGACGCUAACGCUAAAGCAGUUCAUAAGGCGGCAACAGGUUCUCCUUCUGUACAGGAGGAUUUUGCAAGCAAUCCGGCAGGUUCCAAAUGAUGCUGAUCGCAGAUACCUGAAGGACUGGGCAAGGGAAGAAUUCAAAAAAAACAAAAGUGCCACGGAAGAGGACACAAUCCGGAUGAUGAUUACUCAAGGCAACAUGCAGCUCAAGGAGUUAGAAAAAACACUUGCUUUAGCAAAAUCUUAACGAUAGCAUUAUUCUGGAGGAUUUUCUAAACUGCUGUGUGUUUGGGUGAGCUUAGGCUCAAUGAUGGGCAGCCCAAAGCCAAGUCGGAUUGUUUGUAUGUGCAGUACUUGGGCAAAUUAACAGAACAUGGACCAUGGCAUGUCAUAGACAUCACAAGAAAAUAGAAUCAGAACAAUCCUCAGCACUGAAGAUAUGCCUUGAAUUCUGGAAAUGUUUCUGGAUAUGUCAGAAGUUUUUUAAGAAGCAAAAACCAGUACAACAAAUGGCCAAUAAGUACAUGAGAGGAUGCUCAACAUCUUUAGCCAUCAGGGAGAUGCAGAUCAAAACCACAAUGAGAUACCACUUUAUAUCCUCCAGGAUGGUUGGAAUAAAAAAAUUCAGAGAAUAUUAAGUGUUUGUGAGGAUGUGGAGAAAUUGGAACCCUUGUACGCUGCUGGUGAGAAUUUAAAAUGGUGAAGGUACUUUGGAAUACAAGUGGACAAUUCUGAAAAGGCUAAACAUAGUUACCAUAUGACCCAGCAAUUCCACUCCUAGGUGUAUACCCAAGAGAAAUGAAACUUGUAGAUGAAUAUUGAUAGCAGUAUUAUUCAUAAUAGCCAAAAAGUGAAACAACCCAAAUG